CGUUGCUUGACAGUUUGGAUUGAAACAAGUGGUUUGUUUUUAAAGCCACGUCUUAUCGCUUUUAGGCCCGAGUCAUUCAAGAGUAUCAUUUCGUAAUCAUAAUUUAAAGGCAAGGCAGAUCAGCAGCAAGCAUGUCUGGAGAAGUGCGUCUCAGACAGUUGGAACAGUUUAUUCUGGAUGGGCCCGCUCAGACCAAUGGGCAGUGUUUCAGCGUGGAAACGUUACUGGAUAUACUCAUCUGUCUUUAUGAUGAAUGCAAUAACUCUCCAUUGAGAAGAGAGAAGAACAUUCUUGAAUAUCUAGAAUGGGCUAAACCAUUUACUUCUAAAGUGAAACAAAUGCGAUUACAUAGAGAAGACUUUGAAAUACUAAAGGUGAUUGGUCGAGGAGCUUUUGGAGAGGUUGCUGUGGUGAAACUAAAAAAUGCAGACAAAGUAUUUGCCAUGAAAAUAUUGAAUAAAUGGGAAAUGCUGAAAAGAGCGGAGACAGCAUGUUUUCGUGAAGAAAGGGAUGUUUUAGUGAAUGGAGACAAUAAGUGGAUUACAACAUUGCACUAUGCUUUCCAGGAUGACAAUAACUUAUAUCUGGUUAUGGAUUAUUAUGUUGGUGGAGAUUUGCUUACACUGCUCAGCAAAUUUGAAGAUCGAUUGCCUGAAGAUAUGGCUCGAUUUUACUUGGCUGAGAUGGUAAUAGCAAUUGAUUCUGUUCAUCAACUGCAUUAUGUACAUAGAGACAUCAAACCUGACAAUAUAUUGAUGGACAUGAAUGGACAUAUUCGGUUAGCAGAUUUUGGUUCUUGUCUAAAGUUGAUGGAAGAUGGAACGGUUCAGUCCUCAGUGGCUGUUGGAACUCCAGAUUAUAUCUCUCCUGAGAUCCUUCAAGCUAUGGAAGAUGGAAAAGGCAGAUAUGGACCUGAAUGCGACUGGUGGUCUUUGGGAGUCUGUAUGUACGAAAUGCUUUAUGGAGAAACACCAUUUUAUGCAGAAUCUCUGGUGGAGACAUAUGGAAAAAUCAUGAACCACAAAGAAAGAUUUCAGUUUCCACCUCAAGUGACUGAUGUGUCUGAAAAUGCUAAGGAUCUUAUUAGAAGACUCAUAUGUAGCAGAGAGCAUCGACUUGGUCAAAAUGGAAUAGAAGACUUCAAGAAGCACCCAUUUUUUAGUGGAAUUGAUUGGGAUAAUAUUAGAAAUUGUGAAGCUCCCUAUAUUCCAGAAGUUAGUAGUCCAACAGAUACAUCCAAUUUUGAUGUGGAUGAUGAUUGUUUAAAGAAUUCUGAAACGAUGCCCCCACCAACACAUACUGCGUUUUCUGGCCACCAUUUGCCAUUUGUUGGUUUUACAUAUACUAGUAGUUGUAUUCUUUCUGAUCGGAGCUGUUUAAGAGUUACAGCUGGUCCCACUUCACUAGAUCUUGAUGUUAAUCUUCAGAGGACUCUAGACAACAAUUUAGCAACUGAAGCGUAUGAAAGAAGAAUUAAACGCCUUGAACAAGAAAAACUAGAACUUAGUAGGAAGCUUCAAGAGUCAACACAGACAGUUCAAGCACUGCAGCAUUCCACUGUCGAUGGUCCAUUAACAGCAAGCAAAGAUCUUGAAAUAAAAAGCCUAAAAGAAGAAAUUGAAAAACUAAGAAAACAAGUAAGAGAAUCAAGUCACUUGGAACAGCAACUUGAAGAAGCUAAUUCUGUGAGGCGAGAGCUAGAUGAUGCUUUUAGACAAAUCAAAGUUUAUGAAAAACAAGUCAAAACAUUACAACAAGAAAGAGAAGAUCUAAAUAAGGAACUAGUCCAGGCUAGUGAGCGAUUAAAAAAUCAAUCCAAAGAGCUGAAAGACGCACAUUGUCAGAGGAAACUGGCUAUGCAGGAAUUCAUGGAAAUCAAUGAGCGACUAACAGAAUUGCACACCCAAAAACAGAAACUUGCUCGCCAUGUCCGAGAUAAGGAAGAAGAAGUGGAACUAGUGAUGCAAAAAGUUGAAAGCUUAAGGCAAGAACUCCGCAGAACAGAAAGAGCCAAAAAAGAGCUGGAAGUUCAUACAGAAGCUGUAGCUGCUGAAGCAUCUAAAGACAGGAAACUUCGUGAACAGAGUGAACACUAUUCUAAGCAACUAGAAAAUGAAUUGGAGGGACUGAAGCAAAAACAGAUUACUCACUCACCAGGAAUAUGCAGCAUUGAGCAUCAACAAGAGAUAACGAAGCUGAAAACUGACUUGGAAAAGAAAAGUAUCUUUUAUGAAGAAGAAUUAUCUAAAAGAGAAGGAAUACAUGCAAAUGAAAUAAAAAAUCUGAAAAAAGAGCUGCAUGAUUCAGAAGGUCAGCAACUUGCUCUCAACAAAGAAAUUUUGAUUUUGAAAGACAAAUUAGAAAAAAACAGGAGAGAGAGUCAAAAUGAGAGGGAGGAAUUUGAAAAUGAAUUUAAACAACAAUAUGAACGAGAAAAAGUGUUAUUAACUGAAGAAAAUAAAAAACUGACAGAUGACCUUGAUAAGCUUACCACUUUAUAUGAGAAUUUAAGUAUUCACAACCAGCAGUUAGAAGAAGAGAUAAAAGAUCUCGCAGAUAAGAAGGAAUCUGUUGCACAUUGGGAAGCUCAAAUCACAGAGAUAAUUCAGUGGGUCAGUGAUGAAAAAGAUGCACGGGGAUAUCUGCAGGCCUUGGCUUCUAAAAUGACUGAAGAAUUAGAAGCAUUAAGAAAUUCAAGCCUGGGUACUCGAGCAACAGAUAUGCCAUGGAAAAUGCGCCGCUUUGCAAAACUGGACAUGUCAGCAAGACUAGAGUUACAAUCAGCUUUGGAUGCAGAAAUAAGAGCUAAACAGGCCAUCCAAGAAGAGCUAAAUAAAGUUAAAGCUUCUAACAUUCUAACAGAAUGUAAACUAAAGGAAUCCGAGAAGAAGAACUUGGAACUACUCUCAGAAAUUGAACAGCUGAUCAAGGACACUGAAGAACUUAGAUCUGAAAAGGGUAUAGAGCACCAAGACUCACAGCAUUCUUUCUUGGCAUUUUUGAAUACGCCUACCGAUGCUCUGGAUCAAUUUGAAGAUUCCUUUUCUUCUUCCUCAUCUUCACUGAUUGAUUUUUUGGAUGACCGCUCUCCGUCCUGUACUCCAGCUAGCAAAGGCAGACGUAAUGCAGAUUGUACUCCUCUUCCAGUUCACACACCAACCUUAAAGAAGAAAGGAUGCCCUGGUUCAACUGGCUUGCCACCAAAGCGCAAGACUCAUCAGUUUUUUGUCAAAUCUUUUACUACUCCUACUAAAUGUCAUCAGUGUACUUCCCUGAUGGUGGGUUUGAUAAGGCAGGGAUGUGCCUGUGAAGUGUGUGGAUUUUCAUGUCAUAUAACGUGUGUAAACAAAGCUCCUACAACUUGUCCAGUUCCUCCUGAGCAGACAAAAGGCCCCUUGGGUAUAGAUCCACAGAAGGGGAUAGGAACAGCAUAUGAAGGUCAUGUCAGGAUCCCUAAACCAGCUGGAGUGAAGAAAGGAUGGCAAAGAGCUUUGGCUGUUGUUUGUGACUUCAAACUCUUUCUGUAUGAUAUUGCUGAAGGAAAAGUCUCUCAACCCAGUGUUGUAGUCAGUCAAGUGAUUGACAUGAGAGAUGAAGAAUUUUCUGUAAAUUCAGUCUUGGCUUCUGACGUUAUUCAUGCAGGUCGAAAAGAUAUACCCUGUAUAUUUAGAAUCACAGCCUCGCAGCUCUCAGCGUCCAGUAACAAAUGCUCAAUCCUGAUGCUAGCAGAUAGUGAGAAUGAGAAGAAUAAGUGGGUGGGAGUUCUGAGUGAAUUGCAGAAAAUUUUGAAGAAAAACAAAUUCAGAGACCGUUCAGUAUAUGUUCCCAAAGAGGCUUAUGACAGUACUCUACCACUCAUUAAAACAACCCAGACAGCUGCAAUCAUAGAUCAUGAAAGAAUAGCUUUGGGGAAUGAAGAAGGUUUAUUUGUUGUGCAUGUCACCAAAGAUGAAAUUAUUAGAGUUGGUGACAACAAGAAGAUUCAUCAAAUCGAACUCAUUCCAAGUGAUCAGCUUGUCGCUGUGAUCUCAGGACGAAAUCGUCAUGUACGACUUUUUUCUAUGUCAGCUUUGGAUGGGCGUGAGACUGACUUUUAUAAGCUGGCAGAAACUAAAGGCUGUCAGACUAUAACAUCUGGAAAACUACAUCAUGGAACACUCACUUGCCUGUGUGUGGCCAUGAAAAGGCAGGUCCUCUGUUACGAACUAUUUCAGAGCAAGACCCGUCACAGAAAAUUUAAGGAAAUUCAAGUCCCAUAUAAUGUCCAGUGGAUGGCCAUCUUCAGUGAUCAACUCUGUGUGGGUUUCCAGUCAGGAUUCCUUAGGUAUCCUUUGAAUGGAGAAGGAAAUCCAUCCAGUAUGCUGCAUUCAAAUGACCACACACUGUCAUUUAUCGCACAUCAGCCAAUGGAUGCCAUCUGUGCAGUUGAGAUCUCCAGUAAAGAAUACCUGCUGUGUUUUAACAGCAUUGGGAUCUACACUGACUGCCAGGGCCGGAGAUCCAGACAACAGGAACUGAUGUGGCCAGCAAAUCCUUCUUCUUGUUGUUACAAUGCACCCUAUCUCUCAGUGUAUAGUGAAAAUGCAGUUGAUGUUUUCGAUGUGAACUCCAUGGAAUGGAUUCAGACUCUGCCUCUCAAAAAGGUUCGACCCUUAAACAGUGAAGGAUCAUUAAAUAUCUUGGGGUUGGAGACACUUAGAUUAAUAUAUUUCAAAAAUAAGAUGGCAGAAGGAGAUGAACUGGUAGUUCCUGAAACUUCAGAUAACAGUCGAAAACAAAUGGUUAGAAAUAUUAACAAUAAGAGGCGUUAUUCUUUCAGAGUUCCAGAAGAGGAAAGAAUGCAGCAGAGAAGAGAGAUGCUACGAGAUCCAGAAAUGAGAAAUAAAUUAAUUUCUAACCCAACUAAUUUUAACCAUAUAGCACACAUGGGUCCAGGAGAUGGAAUACAGAUCCUAAAAGACCUACCCAUGCCAGGUUUCCCUUGUCCAUCCCCUCAUCAUCACUCCGGUCUGAUCUCCUCUCCGAUCAACUUUGAGCACAUCUAUCACAUGACUGUUAAUUCUGCUGAAAAAUUUCUCUCUCCUGAUUCCAUAAACCCCGAAUGUUCCCCGUCUCUACGCUCUGUCCCCGGUACACCAAGCUUUAUGACUCUGAGGAAUCCUCGGCCUCAGGAAAGCAGGGCAGUGUUCAGCGGCUCUGUCAGUAUUCCGUCUAUCACCAAGUCCCGCCCAGAACCCGGCCGCUCCAUGAGUGCCAGCAGUGGCCUGUCAGCAAGGUCUUCGGCACAAAAUGGCAGCGCGCUGAAGAGAGAGUUCUCGGGAGGAAGCUACAAUGCCAAACGGCAGCCCAUGCCCUCUCCCUCAGAGGGCUCCUUGUCUUCUGGGGGCAUGGACCAGGGGAGCGAUGCCCCAGCACAGGACUAUGACGUGGAGGACUCUGAUUCUCCAAGGCAUUCCACUGCUUCCAACAGUUCCAACCUGAGCAGCCCACCCAGCCCCAUGUCUCCCCGAAAGACCAAGAGCCUCUCUUUGGAGAGUGCUGAACGCAGUAGCUGGGAUCCGUGAUGGCCUCAGCACUUGUGAUGCCAGAGCGACUUUCUCUCCCUCCCUCCACGUUUCUUCAUCUCCCUACUACGGCCCACAGUAGCUGGGUGGGGAUUCAGGAUUUCUGACGAUAGCCCCCGGACUAAAUAGCAGCCACCGUUCAGACAGACUUUCAUUAAGCACCAUAGACUAAAACCAGCUUCAUUCCCA